AAGGGCUCUACUCCUCAUUGGCUUCUUCCCCUUCAGCUGGAAUGAUUUUUCUUGGCCCCUCGGCAUUACUGCUCUUCAUUAUUUUUAGUUUUCCUUGUUUGACUUGUGUUGUUUGAUUAAAUGAGACUCUUCUUCUAUCAAUUUUCUUCUCGAUCGGACAACUCUAGGCAAGACCUCUGUAAUGGGUUCUAUACUUAUAGUUAGUGUGCCCUAUAGCUGCUAGGUCUGGGCUUUCAUUGUAAUUCUUGUUUAGGGCCUCUAACAGCUUGCAGAUCCCUGUAAGGCCAUGAGAUUUUUUUUUUUUUUUCCUUCUAAUGAAUUAUUAUCUUUGAAAAAAAAAACACUCCAAAACCUGUAUACACGUUAUGAGAGACACCACACCCUUUCAUCGAUAUAAAGGAAGGACACCUCUUUGUCUCUCUCUCUCUCUCUCUCUCUCUCUCUUGUUCGACCAAAAGAAAGUCUCUUACUUUUCUCUUUUUUCUCUUGUAAUUGCCUUCAAGUUAGACCCAAUUUGCAAUAUUUUUAUGCUGUCUUUCACUUUGAGAGAACAGAGCAAUCUUUGAUUAGAAAUUCACUCUCUUCUCUUCAAUUUGAUCCCAAUUUUAAUAUUUAUGCUUAUAAAACCUUGGGACUCUCUUCAAUUAUUGACAGAUGCAAAUGAGCUUUGAGCCAUCAUGGCCCUAUAUCAUGUGUUUGAGAAUUGAAGCUUGCUGAUUAGUGCAUAAUCUAAGGUAGAUACUUUGGACCGAGAUUUUAUUCAAAAAAACUAGUGCCAAUAAUAAACUUAUAGACUUUAGGUGAUAUGCUGGAUCAUUGGAGAGACUAAUGUAGUGAUUUUGGUAUCUGUUUCUCUUUUAACCGUCCAGCAACUUCGAUAAUCUUCUCUGCCAAGUUUGGGCACUGCAAUAUUUUAAGCAGUGCCCAUGGAUGCCACAAGAAGUGGAACCUCAAGUAUACAAUACCAUAACAUAACUGACCAGCCCAUUACUGCCAUUGUUGCUCCUCCUGUGUCAACAUUUCAACGAAAUCAACGCCAUUGUUUUGGGGACUCCACUCCUGGAGAAUUCCCCUUAGCUGCCAAUCCAUCCAUUGUCCUCCAUGUCCUCACUGCUUGUAAUUUGGAUCCUCAAGACCUUGCGAAACUAGAGGCAACAUGUUACUUCUUUAGGCAGCGUGCAAAUUUCGCCCCUGACUAUGAAUUGUCCAUAUCAGAGCUUGCAGCUCUGGAUAUGUGCCAAAGGAGAGCCAUAUUUAAGCCUAUGACUCCAGAAGAACGUCAAGAUUUGAAGCAAAGAUGUGGGGGUUCAUGGAAACUAGUUCUGAGAUUUUUACUGGCUGGAGAAGCAUGUUGCAGGAGGGAGAAGUCCCAGGCAAUAGCAGGACCAUGUCAUAGUAUUGCUGUGACAUCUACGGGAGCAGUGUACUCCUUUGGCUCUAAUAGCUCGGGACAACUUGGUCAUGGCACCACUGAAGAGGAAUGGCGACCUCGACAAAUCAGAUCCCUGCAAGGCAUUCGAAUUAUCCAAGCAGCUGCUGGGCCUGGCAGGACAAUGCUAAUUAGUGAUGCUGGACAGGUUUAUGCCUUUGGAAAAGACUCCUUCGGUGAAUCUGAAUAUGGAGUUCAAGGAACUAAACUUGUUACGACUCCACAAUUGGUUGAAUCUUUGAAAAACGUAUUUGUGGUCCAAGCUGCAAUAGGAAAUUUCUUCACUGCUGUAUUGUCCAGGGAAGGCAGGGUUUAUACAUUUUCUUGGGGCAGUGAUGGAAUACUAGGUCACCAGACUGAGCCAAAUGAUGUGGAACCUCAUCCUUUGUUGGGGGCAAUUGAGAAUAUACCAGUGGUACAAAUUGCAGCUGGAUACUGUUACCUUCUUGCUCUGGCAUGUCAGCCUUGUGGCAUGUCAGUGUACUCUGUUGGAUGCGGCUUGGGUGGGAAACUGGGGCAUGGAUCAAGAACUGAUGAGAAGUAUCCUCGGUUAAUUGAACAAUUUCGGCUUUUGAACCUUCAGCCUGUGGUGGUGGCGGCUGGUGCUUGGCAUGCAGCUGUUGUAGGGCGAGAUGGACGCGUUUGCACAUGGGGUUGGGGACGUUAUGGGUGCUUGGGUCAUGGGAAUGAAGAGUGCGAAUCAGUUCCAAAGGUUGUGGAAGCAUUAAGCCACGUCAAAGCUGUUCAUGUUGCCACAGGGGAUUACACGACCUUUGUGGUUUCUGAUGAGGGUGAUGUAUACUCAUUUGGUUGUGGGGAAUCUGCUAGUCUUGGACAUAAUAAUGCUGCUGCUGCUGACGGACAGGGAAAUAGGCAUGCCAAUGUGUUGAGCCCUGAAUUAGUGACAUCACUGAAAGAAGUGAACGAGCGAGUGGUGCAGAUCAGCCUCACCAAUUGCGUAUACUGGAAUGCUCACACAUUUGCACUCACUGAAUCUGGGAAACUAUACGCAUUCGGGGCAGGAGACAAAGGGCAGCUGGGUGUUGAACGAAUGAACAACCAGACUGAAAGAGGGAAUCCAGAACGGGUGGAGAUCGAUCUAAGUUAGCCAUUAAAAUGACUCCCCUUGCAGUUCCUUACCCUUUUAACUCAUCAGCAUGAGCAUUACACACUGCAUUUGGUGUCUAGAUUUCCCUGUUUAUUCUGUACAUAGAAAAACAGAAAGAAUUGUGAAGAUUUAAAAGCUUUUAGGUUGCAAAGACCCAAGCUCAUCCUGCAUGACUUGAUUUCUAAAGAAAAUUAACGUUAGUGCUUGGGCCUUGUAGAUGUUAAUAGUUCACACAUUUGUUUAAUCUUCAUUAAUAACUUAUUUAUGCUGAUUUGGUUUCCAUAUUCAA